GUUUCCAAGAUCAUAUGCCUGGCGAAUAAUGAAGCUGGGAUUAGACUGAGGUCUCUCUGGCUCCAAGCGCAUUCUCUGAUCAUCAUCCACCCUGCUCUAGAAGACUCAAGGCCACCUGCAAGGCCAAUGUCAUAGGGCCACCAGGACAAAGAGAGGUAGAACUGAUGCUGAGUAGCCCCGAGAGGUGCCACAGGACUAAGAGGCUUCAAGAUGCAGAUGCAAAGAUGCAGCUUUAUAUGAGGAAGAAGUGGCUAAUGGAAGAUUUCGAAGAACACACAGCUGCCUGGGGAGGUCAUUAUGCAUCCAUUGAAACCCCGGAUCUCCAUCACAAAAGGUGUCAUCUACAUUGCAGUCAUCUGGACCAUGGCUACCUUCUUUUCACUCCCACAUGCUAUCUGCCAGAAAUUAUUUACCUUCAAGUACAGUGAGGACAUUGUUCGCUCCCUAUGCCUGCCAGACUUUCCUGAGCCAGCUGACCUCUUCUGGAAGUACCUGGACUUGGCCACCUUCAUCCUGCUUUACAUCCUACCCCUCCUCAUCAUCUCUGUAGCCUAUGCCCGUGUCGCCAAGAAGCUGUGGUUGGGCAACACAAUCGGUGAUGUGACCACGGAGCAGUACCUGGCCCUGCGGCGCAAGAAGAAGAAGACCAUCAAGAUGCUGAUGCUGGUGGUGGUCCUCUUUGCCCUCUGCUGGUUCCCCCUGAACUGCUAUGUCCUCCUCCUGUCCAGCAAGGUCAUCCAUACCAACAAUGCCCUCUACUUCGCCUUCCAUUGGUUUGCCAUGAGCAGCACCUGCUACAACCCCUUCAUCUACUGCUGGCUUAACGAGAACUUCAGGGUGGAGCUGAAGGCAUUACUAAGCAUGUGCCAGAGGCCACCCAAGCCUCAGGAGGAGAGGCCACCCUCUCCAGUCCCUUCCUUCAGGAUGGCUUGGACAGAGAAAGGCAAGGGGCGGAGGGCUACACUAGCCAACAACCUCCUGCCCUCCCCGCAACUCCAGUCUGGGAAGACAGACCUAUUGUCUGUGGAGCCCAUUGUGGCGAUGAGUUAGAGGAGGGUGAGAAGAGGCAGAGGGGAGGGCUCUGUCUACAGCUGAGAUUGGGAGAGAGCCUGAGGACAGAGCCUGGAAAAGAGCCUGUCCUCUCAUACAUGACCUUCACCAUGCUGGAAACAAGUUCCUACAGAAGCCGUAGGACUCUUGACUUCCUAGGAAACUGCUUAGCUUCCUGGCCACAUUUGAUGUGAAGACUAAAAGGCACCUACCAACUAGACAUAUGUUUGUGAAUUUCUGUCUAAGAAAUGCUAUGAGGAAUAUCACCCUGGUUCCUGAGCCAGAGAACAAGACAACUUCAGCCCAGAUGGAGGCUCAGUGAGUCAACUGCCUCCAACUGUCAGGCAGCUGCCUUACCUCCCUCCCUGCCACUGAGCAUCCUUAAGGACACCUGAGUCAUAUUUGGGUGUGGCUUACCCAGAUGCACAGAGCUGUGCUUGAAGAAACUCAUUGCAUAGUGCAAGGUUAGCGAACCAGAGUUGGCACGGAUGUUUUCACGCCUCACUUUCUGAAGUCAUAGGACCAGGAUGGAUCACAAUUUUGUGGUAGCCUGGCCUGAUAUUUGAUAAGAAGGGAACAAUUUGGUUGCUUAAAACAACAACAAAAAUUACUAUUAAAACUUUGGAAAAUUCAGAAAAGCACAAAGAAGAAAAUAAAAAUCACCCCCUUCUCCCUACGUGUGAUAAACUGUUAGCUGUGGAUUUAUUUGCAACUUUUUCUUUUGUGCCUGUGUGUGAUUCAUUUCAUGAUGAACUGCACUUUUCCAUGCACAGAUAAGCAAGAAACGGGCGCAGAAGAGAACUCUUGAGCCUCUCUCCCAGGAAUAGUGUCCACCACUAACAGAAGAGUUGGAAGACGAGGUGGGAGAGGAGCUCCAGGAGAAGACUGUCACAGAGCAGACAGACUGCCUUCCUCUUGUAGUCAGUGGUGAGGGGGGCCUGGCUGAAGUAACUCUUUUCAGAUGGUGGCCAUUGUGAUGAGCUGGGAACAAAGCUCAUCCAAGAGCCACAAUUCCUUCUCUCCUGGAAUCACACAGAAUGGGAGGCGGAAAGCCUUGCCCUGCUUUCACAGGAGAUGAGGGAGCAGACUUUCCAACAUGCUGGAAAUCAUUGUUAGACACCUCACACACCCCCUCCCCCCCAAUCUAUCUAGAGAGGCCAUUUCUCUGUGUUGCCUAAAUAAUAAGGCUUCUUUAUUUUCUUCAUUG